CAGAAGUUCUCAUCGUUUCGAUUACCAUCUCCCGUAUUUUGGCAGCUCUCAGUCUUGUUGCUCUCGUUGCACACCAACAGUGAGCCAGAAGUGAUGUCGAUGAGCGAACUUAUCAAUCUGUCGUUGGACGAAAUUAUUGCACGUGGUGGCGCAAAGUUCCGGACAAAUUUCCGACGUGGUGCACGACGUGGCGGUACCACUUCACGUGGCUUCCGUGGUGGUACGCAACGUAUUCCUGUAAUCACGAAUCGGAUUUAUACGUGCAUUUUGUAG